CCGUCACGCAAGAGGACAUCUAAACCAGGCGAGUGCUCCACGAUAGCGAAGGUCGAAAGAGGUCUCCUCCUCUUCACUCCGAGCUACUUUUAGCUCCGCCUGCGCCGCGCCCAAAACCCUGAUUUACCUCGUCGGUCUCGCGUCCAUAUUUAUUUCUGCCAUCUAUUCUGAUCGUUAACCUAGGUCAAGUCAUCAGAACCAUGAACUGCGAAGUCUGCCAGCUGAAAGAGCUAGUACUCGAGCCGCUUGAGAUUCGCGAAGUGUUGCGCUGUGUACUCCACACAAUUGUUUUUCACAGAGCUCUCGGGCUCGUUCGGCCAAAAGAUGUUGAUUGUGAACUUUUUGAGAUAACAUAUGUCCAUUGUGGGGAUGCAGACUUAGACAAGAAAAUAGAAGAAAAGAUUGACCAGUUUAUGAUUUGGGUAGAGAAACAUCCUAACAGGAAAUGCCAGGUAUCCUUAUCUUUUUAUGAAGUCAAAAACAAGCAGCCAACAUGGUUUAGUAACAGAAUUGAGCGCCUAUAUUGGGAACAAUGGCACAUUAAUUUGCAUGUAGUAACUCCUAAAACACAUGGCAAAUCUCAUCACAGCAAAGUGCCUGUAAAUUCUGAAGAGGAUGUGCUGAAAGAGAGCAGUUCGCGUCGUGCUGCACUUGAGGAUUCCUUGCGCGAAGUUUUGUUCCAUAUCAUAAAAUUUGUUAAUGAUAAGAAGGACCACAUCCCUCCAAUACCAAAUAACGAGGUUAUAUCCUUCCCAUACGAAAUAUCAAUCCCAAGGUGACACCAUUUACUUGGAUUGCUCUGCAGUUCAUCAGAUUCAUCAUUUGGAUGGCACACCGAUGUUUUGAAGAGAAUGCUACAGACUUCACAUCCCAGCAUGCUUAGCUGAUUGCAGAACUUUAUGGUACUAUUGUUAUUGUAUUCUUCUACUCUUUCUGUUUUUGAACUGCGACGCUUAGCAGGCUGAAAAAUCUGAAAAGGGUAUGUGACUAAUUGUAAAUAGAGCAUAUUCUUAUCUUUGUACAUGUUAUGUAUGUAUUAAUUGCUCGCUAAGCUUUAAGGUAAAAUUUAAGCUUUACUAGAACUGAAAAGAGAAAUGAACUGUUAAAUGAGGGGCAG